CAGCAGAACGCUGGAUGAACGCAGCGGUGCCGCAAUCAGCGAAAUCCCGCAUUCACCAUUCACAUCCACACCGCGUCUGCUGCCUGACAUAAAGACUAUAGGCUCCAGCUAUAUGCAUUUGUCUAGACAGCAACUGACAGCAUACGCUGACGCUUUUAACCACCACGUUAAGAAUCGCUUAAAUCUCUCAAAGGUUUGAUCGUCUUUAAGCUUUAAUUCAUUUCGGAAAUCGUUUGAUUAUAAACCGAGCGUUUGCACGAUGGUUGUGCUGCAUCGCCGCCGGAGGAAAGAGACGCUGGUUUGGCUGCUGCCCGGUCUGCUUGGAGUCUGCAUGGCAUUUGGCCCGAGCAAAGCAGAGGAGGAAGAUUACGAGGAUGUCCCCAUAAAUAAAACUUGGGUUUUAUCACCAAAGGUCUACGAGAGCGACGUCACCCUUAUCCUAAACAAAUUACUGCAAGGUUAUGACAACAAACUGAGACCAGAUAUCGGAGUGAGACCGACUGUGAUCGAGACGGCAGUGUACGUGAACAGCAUAGGCCCAGUAGAUCCUAUCAACAUGGAGUACACCAUAGACAUCUUCUUUGCUCAAACGUGGUACGACAGCAGACUCAAAUUCAACAGCUCAAUGAAACUCCUCAUGCUCAACAGCAACAUGGUGGGAAAAAUCUGGAUCCCUGACACCUUUUUCCGCAACUCACGUAAAUCCGAUGCCCACUGGAUCACGACACCCAAUCGCCUUCUGCGGCUCUGGAGCAAUGGAAGAGUGAUGUAUACUCUAAGGUUGACUAUUAAUGCGGAAUGCUACCUUAAGCUGCAUAACUUUCCCAUGGAUGAACAUUCGUGCCCUCUGGAGUUUUCAAGCUAUGGGUAUCCAAAGAACGAGAUCCAGUAUAGAUGGCAGCGCCGUUCGGUUGAGGUUGCAGACCAACGAUACUGGAGACUUUACCAAUUUGCCUUUGUGGGUCUACGGAACACUUCUGAUGUGGCGCACACUCAGUCUGGAGAAUAUGUGGUUAUGACCAUUUUCUUUGACCUGAGCCGGAGAAUGGGCUACUUCACCAUCCAGACUUACAUCCCCUGCAGCAUGAUUGUGGUUUUGUCCUGGGUCUCUUUCUGGAUUAACAAGGAUGCUGUGCCUGCCAGAACAUCUUUAGGUAUCACAACUGUGCUCACCAUGACAACUCUAAGCACUAUAUCCAGGAAGUCCUUGCCGAAGGUGUCGUAUGUGACAGCCAUGGAUCUGUUUGUGUCCGUCUGCUUCAUCUUCACCUUUGCUGCGCUUAUGGAAUACGGGACCCUGCAUUAUUUCACAAGCAAUCGACAGAACAAGAAGACCAAAUCAAGCCACGCACAGAAACCCAGCAUGGUUAACAUCAGACCAGGGACAUCUCUGCUGCAGAUGAACAGUAUUGCUCCCUACCACGAGGAUGACGAUUAUGCGUACGAAUGUCUGGAUGGGAAAGACUGCACCAGUUUCUUCUGCUGCUUCGAUGAUUGUCGCUCCGGAGCUUGGCGUGAGAACAGAAUGCAUGUCCACGUCUCCAAAAUCGACUCCUACUCCCGAAUAUUCUUCCCAACCGCCUUUGGCCUCUUCAACCUUGUCUACUGGAUUGGAUAUCUGUAUCUUUAAAGAUGUUGGGCAAGUUGGAGAGGGACUCAGUUCUAGAAAUACUUGCAAAUCAUCUGUAAAUUCUCCAUCUGCUAAAUCUGGCAGCAUAAAUCUUUGAGAGAAGGGGACGCUUGAGGCUUGAUUUGGAUGUAUUAGUACUUAAAGGAAACCCUGGGUAUUAAGACUUGUAUGGCUUAAUAUAACUUAAAUGAUGUCUCUUACUGAAAUAUAUAGUAGAAAACCUACAAAAGACUUACGUUAUUUAAAAAAUCCAUACAUAUUUUGGACUAUGGGGUGCACCAUUAUUUUCGAUUUUGUCAAAUGGUUGCACUCAGUGAGCUACUGGCACUACCUGUUGCUAUUUUUACCACAACUCAGAAUACACAACUAAUAAAAUACUGAUACAAUGCCACAUUGUGGCUUUUGAUUGUAAUUUUCAGUUGAAGGGCAACAAGAGAAGCGAUGCAAGUCUUCACUGCUUUUCCUAGCGAAAAGAAGAGAAGAAAACAAUGGGCAGAUACCUGUGGACGAAUAAACCUUCCUAGUACCUUUUGAGGCAUUUAGUAGACCACAGCUACCGAAAGAGCUUACAAACGGCAGAGACAAGAAAUGCUAGAUGCCAUCCUGGCAGGAUGUAAACAUGCUGACACUUGUCAUGAUGCCGCAGCCACUGAAGGAGUUUCUCAGCAUGGAUUUUACUUGAUAUUGGGGAGCGUUUAGACUCCUUGUGGGGAAAAAUCAAUGGUACAGAAUUUGGUUUAAGUCUACGCUUAUAUACAUUGCCACCUGCAAGCUUUUUCAGUGACUGUGGUCAUUGUAUCAGUAUUUUAUUUUCCAAAUUGCAUUGCGGUAAAAAUAGCAACAGGUUGUCAUCGUUUCAUCGAAAUAAUGGCACCCCCCCAUAGUCCAUUAUAUAUAUAAACUUGUGGAUUUUAAAAAUAAUGUACAUUUUUUGGGGUUUCUACUACAAAUUUCAGUAGGAGACAUCAUUUACAUUAUAUUUAGCCAUACUGUACAAGUGUACCUGGUAUUUGAUUUACUGAAAAAUAUAUAUAAAACCCUUGUUUAAAAAAUAACAGCAUAUGCUGGUUAGGUAUGUUUUGAAGCAUGACUGCUGGUUUGAGCUGGUUUAAGGUAGUCCUUAGCACAUGACCAGCUUAAACCAGCUAAUGACCAGCUAAACUCUCAAAAAUAAAGGUGCUUCACAAUGCCAUAGAAGAACCUUUUUUGUCUAAAUGGUUCCAUAAAGAACCUUUAACAUCUGAAGAACUUUCUGUUUUACAAAAUAGUUCUUUGUGGCAAAAGAAGGUUCUUCAGAUUAUAAAAAGGCAAAAAAGAGAUGGGUCUUUAAAGAACCUUUGACUGAAUGGUUCUUUAUAGAACCAAAAAUGGUUCUUCUAUGGCAUCGCUGUGAAGAACCUUUUAAAGCACCUUUAUUUUUAAGAGUGUAAGGACCAGCUCAAACCAGCAGCCAUGCGUCAAACAGGGACAAUGUGGAGUUUUUAAAUAACGUAAACCUUUCAUGGGUUUUCUACUACAAAUUUCAGUAAGAGACUUUUAUGUUAUAUUUAAGCCAUACAAGUCUUAAUAGCCGAGGUAUCUGGUAUUUUUAUUGGAGAAUUUGAAUCUUAGAAGGACAAUUACUGUGAUACUGUAUUGAUGCCAACUGAAUAUUAGCAGCUAUCUUGGUUUGUGAGAAGGAAAUGCUAACAGUUUGGUUUUUUAUUAGUUAUGCAGGCCAUAUCAAACCUUGCCUAGUGAUGUCUUAAAAGCACCUGCAUUUUUGAUAACUGAAGUAUUGUUAGCAUCACUAUUGCAAAUAUGACAGAACUUCAGGUUAUUAUCUCUCUGGCUGAAGCAAAAUAUUAUUAUUUGCAAUGAAAAGUAGAUAGUCGCUUCUGAUACUAAUUUUCCAAGAAAAACAUAUCUAGCUACACUAAUAUGUACAUGUUAAUCUCUCAAAAUGUUUUUUUUUUAAAUAGCUGCAUUUCUGUGUGAAUUACCUGCAUUCAGUUGAGUACUAAACAAACCAAAGCAUAGAUAUUUGAAGGUUGCGUGAAUAGAAUUUUGUUCUGCUCCAGAAUUACCCAGAAGCCAUUUACUUGGAAUUAGCCUAUAAUGAUACUGUGAAAUGUUCUUGACUUGAACUAAUAAGCUGUCUCUGCAAUAGAUGACACAAUGAAAUGCCAGUGUGCCCAAGAUAAAAGGGUUCACAUGUAAUUUUUUAUAUAUCAAACAAAAGGAAUAGAGCAGCCUUUACAAUUCACAAAUGUUCAGUGUCCUUUAGUACAAAUUAGAGUUCAUCACUCUCUUCCGUAUUCAAGACGGCAUUUUGUCUCUCCUCGCGAAUGGCUAGAUUUCUGUCAGCGUAAUUGCAUGACUCAUCUGAGCUCCUACGGCUAAUCAACCCAUAUUUGGAAACGGGUCUGAUGGACUUUCUUCAGCAGAAGAGCUCUAGACAGACCCGUCUCAAAACUACAGCAUCUGAAAAUGAACAGUCUUCAUAACACAAACCACGGAUGCCUUCUCCAUUGAUAACAGUCUAAAUCAAAGGCCAUUUAAUAUGGAUUUGUCUUGCAUUAGGUUAAAUCUGAUCUCAGAGUCCUGUUCAAUUUGAGAAACAGAUGAACUGAGCUUGCGAGCAAAAGUGCCAUGUCUUGACCCGGCUCUCAGAACAUCUGUACACAAAAUGUACAAGUGUUUUUCUCAAUCUCCUGUUGUGCUUUCGGCUGUUGCUUGUUUUAUUUGAUGCUUCCAUGUGGUUUGUCUUUUGCUGGGUGUUAUCUUGAUCAUAGACUGCUCUGUUGUCUCCCUUUCUGAACAUCUGUUGUGUACUGUGUUGUGCCCUGUAGCUGUAUAUACUCUAUACUAUUGUCUUUCUUAAUGACAGCCUCGCAGACUCAUGCAACAACCAGAUGAUAGUACAAAUAAAAAUAUACCGAAAGAUGAUCUAUUUAUAUUUUUGCAUAUAAAUAGAUUAUGUCGAAAAUCAUCUGUUUCUGACCUUUAAUAAUCAGAUCAGUGACCUUCAUGUAUCUGUGUGAGCGUGUGCAUGUGUGUCUGUACGUGAGUGUGUAAUAAAAGCAGACUCCGUCCCUCACCGUACAUCUCUGCGCUCCGCUCUCCACUCGUUCUAGGUGUUGUCGUCGUGUCUUCUGUAAAUGCUGACCUUCAUGCUUUUUACGUGUUCAUAUGUUUUUGUAGCUCUGAACACUGUGAGUAAUAAAACAGUGCCUGCAAAACAUUAAUAAAAUUCUACGCUCUCUCAAACUCUGCUGAUGAUUUUGCAUCUUAUCGAAAUCCCAAAGCGCUGGGAUAAAAAGGAUGAAUGUAUUUUCCUUCUGGCGGGUAUUCUUGUAAUAAUGCUUUGUUAAUAUCGCAAUUAGUUUUAUAAUUAUUGCCACAAGUGAAUGAGCAACAACAUUUACAUACACAUAAAUUAAAUUUCAGUCAUUUAUGGAUCUUAAUUGUUAUUUCACACAUGGGUGAGGAAGAUAAGAUGAGUUACUCCAUCUU